UGUUAUGAACGUGUUUUCAAACAAACAGCCGAUUGAAUGUAUCAUUUGUACUGUAGCAUGUCAUAUUUUAUUGAUUAAAUUUCAACUGCUAGUGAAAAAUGCAAUAAAAAAUAAAGAAAAAAUUGUGGAAAAAAUAAUUGCAUUCGCAUUGAGAUAGAUUCGUAUUUAGUUUAAAUUUUCAAAGCACUUGUUUGGUUCGACUGAUGUGUUUAAUUUAGUUCGAAAUGAUAUAAAAUUCGAUUUUGUUCUGUUGAUUCACUUGUUUCAUUGGAUUAUCGAUUGCUGUUUACAUCGUACAAAUCACGUACUCUUUCACACAAAAAAAAAGAAACCAUGGCGAAAAAAUCCACAAUAGAUUAUGAGCAAGUGAAUGGGGAUAGCGGAGACGAGGAAGAGCAACGACACAACCGUAAUAGGAAUCGACGUAGUUUAUCACCGUCAUAUAGUAAAACAGCAUCGACGUCAAUUGACACCAAUGAUUGUACAGAGCCAUUAAAUAACGAGAGCAGUAUCAUCAAUAUGGGAACGAAUGUCGCACCACCGAUGCAUGUAGAUCGAAAAAUGGCCAGCAAUUUCGAUAAAUUUCGUCUGUUAAUGUGGAAAAAUUUCUUGCUACAGUAUCGUCACAAAGUACAGACCAUUGUCGAGGUUUUGGUGCCAGUGUUGUUCAGUGUAAUUCUUGUUCUAAUUCGAAGUAUUGUGAGUCCGGAUUUAUAUCCGAACGAAACCAUUUACAAAUCAUUUGACAUCAGUACUUUGCAGCCACUUCGCGAAGGAACCGAUUAUUCGUUUGAAUUCAAAUUUUUGCUAAGCUCGGAAGAAUUGGCCCAUCAUGAUAUUCAUGUAAAGGAAUGGGCAUUGGUAUAUUCACCGGAUAAUGGGCAACUGGCAGAACUAAUGACAGAAACGGCGCGUUUGUUAGAGCUUAAAGGAGGUGUUGUGGCUGUGAAUAGUUCGGCCGAAAUCGAGGCUGUAAUGUUUACUCGCGAGCUUGUAGCGGGAGUUGAAUUUGAUUUACCAGUUAAUGCUACAGAUCUUCCCAAGAAGCUCGCAUACAAAUUACGUUUCCCAAGUGAAAGUCGAACACCAAAAGUAACUGAACCAUUGAUAUUCAACUGGCAUACAAAUUUACUGUAUCCACUUUUUUCGACCGGUGGACCCAGAACCCGUGAAGAAGACUACGGCGGAAUGCCAUUUUAUUAUCAAGAAGGUUUUUUACCCGUACAAGAUGCCAUCGCACGUUCAUUUGCUCAGCUAAAAUGUAGCACGGAAAAUUGUGAAAAUAGCACACUGCCAAAAAUUCGAAUGCAACGCUAUCCAUAUCCGCCAUAUAUUUUCGAUGUUCUGCUGCAAGGCUUAGAGACAAUUGUAAGCUUCUUUAUACUAUUAAGUUUCAUCUAUCCAACCAUCAAUACCGUACGAUUCAUUGCAAUCGAAAAAGAGAAACAGCUUAAGGAAGCAAUGAAAAUCAUGGGUUUGCCAUCAUGGUUGCAUUGGUCUAGUUGGUUCGUACGCACAAUGACUUUUAUGGUGGUUUCUAUCACUUGUAUCGUUGCAUUGCUGAAGACACCCAUGUUCGAGUCGGCAGUUGCAGUGUUCACGAAUUCGGAUUGGACGGCGAUUUGGGUAUUUUUGUUUGUCUACAGCAUAUCAAUGACAACAUAUUGUUUCAUGUUGAGUGUAUUCUUUUCGAAAGCGAAUACAGCGGCGGCCGUGGCUGGUCUUGUAUGGUUCAUAUUGUAUGUGCCAUUCUCUUUUACGCAACAAAAUUAUGUUCAACUCUCGUUGAGGUCAAAGCUAAUUGCGUGCAUUUCAUCGAACACAGCAAUGGCAUAUGGAUUUCAAUUGAUUCUACGAUUUGAGGGAACCGGCGAAGGGUUGCAAUGGUCGAAUUUCUGGCGACCAGUCACUGUCGAUGACACCCUCACCGUUGGUAUGACCAUGGUUUUUAUGCUCGGAACAUCCAUUGUCUAUCUGCUAAUUGCCUUGUAUGUUGAAAAAGUGUUGCCCGGAAAUUAUGGAGUGCCAGAGAAAUGGUAUUUUCCAUUUACGGCUGACUUUUGGUGUGGCAUUGCCGACUACACUGGCGUUGAAGACAGCUCAGGCACAUCAAAUCAACAAAAUGCCGAUUUAAUUCGUUUAAACUUUGAACCGGACCCUUCAAAUCGGCGAGCUGGCGUGAGAGUGAAAAAUCUACGUAAAGUGUAUGCCAACAAAAAAGUGGCGUGUAAAGGAUUAACACUUAAUAUGUUUGACGAUCAAAUAACGGUACUACUGGGUCAUAAUGGUGCUGGAAAAACGACCACAAUGUCAAUGUUAACCGGAAUGUUUCCGCCCACGUCUGGAACGGCAAUUAUCAAUGACUAUGAUAUUCGUUCGAAUUUAAAAAAAGCAAGAAGUUCAAUUGGUUUAUGUCCACAGCACAAUAUUUUAUUCGAUGAAUUGACGGUGCGUGAACAUAUUGAAUUUUAUGGUCGAUUGAAAGGUUUGAGCAAUGAAGAUGUACAAGUGGAAGUGGAAAAAUAUGUUCGACUAUUGGAAUUGGAGCCAAAGAUAGAUGCGAUGUCAUCGUCUCUAUCGGGUGGAAUGCAACGAAAAUUAUCGGUUGGUGUCGCUUUGUGUGGACGUUCACGAGUGGUUUUCUGCGAUGAACCUACUUCUGGAAUGGAUCCAGCGGCGCGCCGUGCCCUUUGGGAUUUGUUACAAAAAGAGAAAAAAGGUCGAACUAUUCUAUUGACAACGCAUUUCAUGGACGAAGCGGAUGUGCUCGGUGAUCGAAUCGCCAUUAUGGCCGAUGGUGAACUGAAAUGUAGCGGCACUUCAUUCUUUUUAAAGAAAAGAUUUGGAACGGGCUAUCGUUUGGUUUGCGUUAAAAGUGAUAAUUGUAAUUCAACAAAUGUGACGAAUUUACUCCGCAAUUAUAUUCCUGAAGUUGAGAUACAAGAAGACAUUGCAAGUGAAUUGACAUACGCGUUGCCCGAUGAGCAUGUUGAUAAAUUCGAGAAAUUAUUCCAAAAACUGGAAGACAACCAAGAAACACUGAAAUUGGCAAGCUUUGGUGUGUCGUUGACCACAUUAGAAGAAGUUUUUCUCAAAGUCGGAUCUGAUUCAAACUUGAGCCACCUGACGUCCGGUCGAGCAAACGGUGAAAUGAACGGAAACUAUAAAAUGAAUCGUGACAGUGAUAGUACGAUGACGAUCGAUGCGGAAGUAUCAAAUGAAGUGAUACCAACAAUGCGCGGUUUUAAUUUGAUCGUGAAUCAAUGGUUGGCAAUGUUUAAAAAGCGAUAUUAUUGCUGGAUACGCAGUUGGGUUUUAUUUUUUUUGCAAAAUUUAAUUCCAAUUACAUUCAUUGUGAUUAGCGUUUUUGUCGUUCGAAUGAUGGCCGAAAAUAAUAAACUACCGAAAUUGGACAUUUCAUUGAGUCGAUACGAGAAAACGGUCACUAUGCUGCAAACGGUAAAAGAUUUUCCAAAUCAGCAAAUAAAGAGCAUUUUCACGGAGUAUCAGAAAAAUAUUGAAAAUGAAGGCUCCAACCAUCAAGUCGAUCAAUUUGAAACCGACAUUCAAGAGCAUUUCUUGGUAUUGGCAAAAUCGAUUCUUGUUCGAUUGAAUUCGCAGUAUUUGGCCGGAUUAUCGCUGAAUAACAAAAGUGAAAUUAUCGGUUGGUUUAAUAAUCAACCGUUCCAUACAACCGCAUUGUCACUCGGAUUGAUUCAUAAUGCAAUGCUGAAAUCUACUCUUGGUCAGGAGUAUAGCAUUGAAGUCACUAACUGGCCACUGCCAUUCCGGAUAGAAUCAACAAUGUCAAUGCUAAUGGCUGGAAAUAAUAUGGGCUUUCAAUUGGCCACAAAUAUUUCAUUUGCAAUGGCAUUCGUAUCAUCAUUCUAUAUCAUGUUCUAUAUCAAAGAACGAGUUUCAAAGGCAAAACUAUUGCAAUUUGUCAGCGGAUUGAAUGUGUCAACAUUUUGGAUAACAUCGUUUAUAUUCGAUUUUGCAACGUAUAUUUUAACGGCGUUGAUUUUGGUGAUCACCUUAAUUGCAUUUCAAGAGGAUGGCUGGUCGACUAUUGAAGAUCUAACGCCCGCUUUUAUUUCACUUGUCGUUUUUGGAUUUUCCAUGCUACCAUUGACAUUCAUUGCGUCACUUAUGUUUUCAAUUCCAUCCACCGGUUUUGUACGAAUGACCAUAUUUUUCAUAUUCACAGGAAUCACCGUCUUUUUUGUAAUAAUGGCAAUGUCAUUUCCGGCAUUUAAAUUGGCCGACACCGCAAACGCAUUAAAAUGGGGUUUCCUCGCUUUUCCACACUAUUCGCUGAGCAGUACUUUGAAUAAUUUGAAUCAAAUGAGUACAAUGAACCGGGUUUGUGAUCAAAAGUGCAAACAAUGGCCCAUUUGUAAUCGCGAUCUCUUGUGCAAACUGGUCAAAGAAUGUUGUCAAACCGGGGUAUAUGAUUGGAAAGAGCCGGGAAUUGGUCGAAAUUUAACAUAUAUGUUUGUAACGGGAAUUGUUUUCCUGCUAAUUCUGUUGAUAAUCGAAUAUCGAGUGUUUGCUGGUGUGAUUUAUUUCAUCCAUAGCUUCUUUGAACGCAAACUACCGCCAAUCUCACAAGAUGGAGAGAUUGAUGAUGAUGUCAACGAUGAAAAACGAAAAGUCAACGGAAUGACCAUGAACGAUUUACAAACACACAGCCUAGUUUUAUCAAGUCUUUCGAAGUUUUACGGUAAAUUUUUGGCCGUCAACCAAAUAUCCAUCGCAGUUAAAAGAGCUGAAUGUUUUGGCCUGCUUGGUGUCAAUGGGGCUGGUAAAACGUCAACCUUUAAAAUGCUUACCGGUGACACGAGAAUUUCCAAUGGCGAAGCAUAUGUGCGGGGCAUUAGUUUGAAGUCAAAUAUGCCAGAGGUGCAUAAAGUAAUCGGAUAUUGUCCACAAUUCGAUGCACUUCUUGAAGAUUUAACUGGUGCCGAGACAUUGGAACUGUUUGCGCUACUGCGAGGAAUUCAUCCAACAAAUAUACCUGCACUAACUGAACGCCUAGCAAACGAAUUGAAUUUCAUGAAACAUAUUAACAAAAGAGUUGACGAAUAUUCGGGUGGUAAUAAGAGAAAGCUGAGUACAGCUGUUGCUCUGAUCGGCAAUCCGGUUUUAGUUUAUUUGGAUGAACCAACAACUGGAAUGGACCCGGGUGCCAAACGGAAUCUUUGGAAUAUGAUUUCGAAAGUUCGUGGUACAGGUAAAUCCAUCGUGUUAACAUCCCACAGUAUGGAGGAAUGUGAGGCUCUUUGUACGCGCCUGGCAAUUAUGGUAAACGGGGAAUUCAAAUGUCUUGGAUCAACACAACAUUUGAAGAACAAAUUCUCGAAAGGCUUUUUACUUACGGUUAAAGUGCAGAAAACAACUGAUUACGAUAAAAGUUUUGAAGAUGUUCUUGGAGAACUGAUAAAAUAUAGAAGUGUCAACGGAAGUAUCGAUUCUGCCGUUGGCGACACUCAUAUAGAGAAUCAGCUACAUUUGAAGGUGAUUCGAAUCAAGGAAUUUAUAGAACGAAACUUCUUUGGCGCCGAUCUAAAAGAGGAAUAUCAAGGUCUUUUAACAUAUUACGUGCCACCAAAUAACAAAAUGAAAUGGUCAUCAAUGUUUGGAUUAUUGGAAAAAGCAAAACAAAUUCUACACAUCGAAGAUUAUUCAAUCAGUCAAACGUCGCUGGAACAAGUAUUUUUGUCAUUCACCAAAUUUCAACUAGAAGAAACCAAAACCAAUCGCAGCACUAACAGAUAGUUUGAUUUAUUUAUUAUUUUGUCUCAGUAUUCGAUUUUUUAUUUAUGGCAAAAAAAUCACAAGUAUUUCAGUGCAAAUGAAUUACCGAUUAUUUGAUUAGUUUUUUUUAAAUGUUUUAUUAAAAUAUAAGUCAUAUGGAUUUAAUAAUACUGCAUCAACGAGCUGUGAAUUUGCAGGUAUCGCUAGAUAUGUCAAUUGUGGCCUUUUGCGCAUAAAAAAAUAUUUAUAAAAAAUAAUUCCAUUCGAUUAUGGUUUAUGUGAUGAAAAAAAAAGAAAGAUGUGUUCUUU